AUGAACAAGGACAGGUUUAUCCAGGAGAAAAGCGAAGUGUCCCGGGAGUUCCCAUUCAUAAAAAACUCCAGGCAGCUCGCAAAGCGCUCAUUCAAAGCGUGGGUGAAUGAAUCAGCGGCCGCGCUGAAAUGUUCAAAGAUUACGGAGGAGGAAGGCCACCCGCUCCCGGAGCUCAGCGCUUUCGUUUACAGGGCCUCGCCUCCCCCUUACGCCCAGGAGCACAGCAGCAGCAGCAGGAGUCUCGUGGAGGAGAGCUUCUGGUGGAUUGGGCCCUUUGUGUCAGUUCUGCCACUCUUCAUGGCAGAUCAAGGGGGUGGCAUGAAAUACCCGUCGGAUCCCGGGGCCGGAAGCAGCAGUUCUACAACUAGCAGCUUUGUCCCCAACCUCAACACCAUCACCACCAGCCAAAACCUCCAGUGGAUGGUUCAGCCCACGAUCAUGGGUGCGUCUCCGGGAAUCCCCCCGUACCCACGGCCGUACCGCUGCCCGCACUUCGCGGCCGGGAUGCGGCCGGGCGUCAUCCGCACCGCCGGACCGCUCCUGACGCCUCGGAGGCGUCAUUCGGAGCAUCUGACGGCUGAAGAGGAAGAGCGCCGUCGUUUACGUCGGGAGAGGAAUAAACUGGCAGCCGCAAAAUGCCGAAACCGACGGAAGGAAUUGACGGACACUUUGCAAGCGGAGACUGAUGAACUGGAGGCUGAGCAGUCCGGGCUGCGGAAGGAGAUUGCGGAACUGCAGAAACAGAAAGAGCGCCUUGAGCUGGUCCUGGAGGCCCACCGCCCCGUCUGCAAAGUCCCGGGGGAGUCCUCGGGGGAAGAGGAAGAGAGCAGCGGGCAGCUGGUGGUCUUUCAACAGCCGCCUGUCAAGCGGGAGUCUCCGCCGGGGCCCAGCGUCCCCCGCCGUCCUGUUCCCUUGCCUCCGAGUAUCACUUUGCCCCCCAGCGGCAUGCUGGAGCCCGAAUCUUUGCACACCCCGACCCUGAUGUCCACCCCUUCUCUCACCCCCUUCACCCCUAGUCUGGUCUUCACCUAUCCAACGCCGGGAGACCCCGAAGCGCCCUCCGGUUCGGGCUUCCUGCCGGAGCCUUGCUCCUCUGCUCACCGACGCAGCAGCAGCGGUGACCACUCCUCCGAUUCGCUCAAUUCCCCGACCUUGCUGGCCCUCUGAGGAGCGGGAGCGAGACGCGCGGCUCUCCAGAAUGGGAGAACGGUC